AUGAAUCUGACCAACCAGACCUGGGUGACAGAAUUCUUCUUCUUGGGAUUUUCUGAUGAUCCUCAGACUCAGCUUCUACUCUUCAUAUUGUUCUUGAUUAUUUACUUGGUUACUGCACUUGGAAACCUGCUCCUCAUUGUCCUGGUUCUGGCUGACUCAAAGCUACAUACACCCAUGUACUUCUUUCUCUGCAACUUAUCUGUGGCUGACCUCUGCUUCUCUACCAGCAUUGUUCCCCAAGCACUGGUCCAUAUGUUGACCAAAAGAAAGGUAAUUUCCUUCGUGGGAUGUGCAACUCAGCUUUUUCUAUUCCUCAUUUUUGGAUGUACAGGGUGUGCACUGUUAUCUGUGAUGUCCUAUGACAGGUACUUGGCAAUCUGUGACCCCAUGCACUACCCUCUCAUCAUGACAAGAAAGGUUUGUGUUCAGUUAGUUUUGGGGUGCUGGGUUAGUGGGGUGGUAGUAUCAAUAGUGGACACAGCAUUCACACUGCAAGUUCCCUAUAGAGGAGAAAAUAAGAUUGCACAUUUCUUUUGUGAAGCUCCAGCCCUCUUGGCCCUGGGAUCUGCAGACACUCAUAGAGCAGAGAAAGUCAUUUUCAUCAUGGGUAUUGUGAUUCUUCUUGCACCUGUAUCCCUGAUCCUAGUUUCCUAUGGCUCUAUUAUAGUGACUGUGGUUAGGAUAAAGACAACAUCAGGGAGACUCAAGGCAUUCUCCACUUGUGGCUCCCAUCUCCUUGUGGUUACCAUUUUUUAUGUAUCAGCAAUUAUGACCUAUAUGACACCUAAGUCCUCUAAGGAGCAAGGGAAACUGGUGUCGGUGUUCUAUGCUGUGAUAGCUCCCAUGCUUAACCCUCUCAUCUAUAGCCUGAGGAACAAAGAAGUGAAGAGAGCACUCAGAAACACUAUCACCAAAGGACAAAUUUGCAAACUUUGA